AUGCUCUCUCUCACUGCUACAGUGCUACCCCACUUCCCCCAUCUCUACUCAAACCAGGUGCUGCGCCCAGGCGUGGGUUACUUCCGUCCCAUCGACCAGACGUCCCAUGGUGGUAACCGCGUAGACCUCAUGAAGAAGGUGCUCCGGCCGGGCGUGGGGUAUUUCCGACCCAUCGACCAGACGUCGCACGGCGGUAACCGCGUUGAUCUGAUGAAGAAGGUGUUUCACAUCAACACGCCCCCAGAGGACAUGUUCGCGCUCACCCAGGACCAGGCGUACUCCCUGCUGGCUGCUGACAAGAUCGACGAUCUCUUGGAGGUGGUUAUUUCAGCGUAUGAGAGGCACAAGCGGUAUCACGACUUUGUGGUGGUGGAGGGCACGUCCAUGCGGGAUGGGUCCAACACGUCGCCCAUCAACGGACUCAUUGCGUCCGCCCUUGAGUGCCCCGCCCUGCUCCUCACUGACUGCAUCGCUGCCUCGCACCACCACCACAAACACCACGAGGCGGGGGGCCGGUUUGAGGCGUGGGAUUUUGAGAAGGAGGCGGCGAGCUGCAUCUUGGACCAUGCGCGCAUCAUGAGGCAGAGCAGCGUCGAUAUCGCCGGCGCGCUGCUCUACCGCACGCCCAGGACUUCCCGGGGAACCACCCGGCUCAGGGAGUACAUCACCGAGGCAGGGAUUCCGUUCCUGGGGGCUCUCCCUGCAGACAAGUCCCUCGAGUCCUUCCAGGUGGAGGACGUGAGGAGGGUGCUGCACGCGCAGGUACUCUACGGCGAGGACACCCCCCACGCGGCCAACAGCAUGGCCACCGAGAUCACCAAAACCAUGGUCGCAACCCUCCACCUCGCUGAGAUCCUCACGCUCAUCCCGCCCUCAGACGACCCCGCGAGAGGCGCCCUCGUUAUAGCGCACGCCAGCCGCCCGGAUAUUCUGCUCGGGAUGAUCGACCUGCAUGAGACGCACCUGAGCACGCAGGUGGCGGCCAUGGUGCUUACUGGGGGGGCUCCUCCUCCUGCUGAGGUGGAUGAGUUAAUUCGGACCCGUCCGACCAGAGUGUCACUACCUGUCCUGCUGGCCCCCAAGGCCACGUACGACACGUGCCUGGAUCUCGCCAAGGCAGACUCUGAGCUGCAUCCCACCUCAACCAGGAAGAUCGAGAGGGCUGAGGUCAUGUUUCACGAGCAUGUGGACAUGCGGGUGCUCAACCAAGUGCUCUUCAAGGAGCGCCCUCUCCGCAUGAACCCCAAGCUCUUCCAGCACGGCAUCUUUGAGAAGGCCAGAGCUGCCCAGUCCCACGUCGUCCUGCCAGAGGGAGCAGAGCCGCGCACGGUGCAGGCAGCAGGGGAGGUGCUGAGGCGGUCGCUCUGCCAGCUCACGCUUGUGGGCAAUCCAGAUCUCAUCCUCACCCAGGCCAAGCAGCUUCGGGUGGACCUUACCGGAGCUAACAUCGUCAACCCAGCCUCGGCGCCGAACCUGGAGACCUACGUGGACAUCCUCUAUGAGGCUCGGAAGUCCAAGGGCAUGACCUGUGCAGAGGCACAGGAGGUGCUGAUCACGGACGCGAAUUACUUUGGCACAGCCAUGGUGGCAGCAGGGGACGCCGAUGGCAUGGUGUCUGGGGCCAUUCACACCACCGCCAACACUGUGCGACCCGCCCUGCAGAUCAUCAAGACCCUCCCAGAAACGCCCAUCGUCUCAUCAGUCUUCUUCAUGUGUCUGCCCGACAAGGUUCUCGUGUACGGCGAUUGCGCCAUCAACACCAAUCCAACGGCUGAGGAGCUUGCGAUGAUCGCCAUGUCAUCUGCUGACACGGCGGCGGCCUUUGGCGUGGAGCCACGUGUCGCGCUGCUGUCGUACGCCACUGGGGACUCCAACACAGGCCCGCUGAUUCAGAAGGUGGCAGAUGCCACAGCCAUCGUGCACGAGCGCAGGCCAGACCUAAUGGUGGAGGGGCCGCUGCAGUACGAUGCUGCUGUGAACAUGGAGACAGCCAAGACGAAGCUCAAGGGGAAGACGUCUGAAGUCGCAGGGCAGGCAUCGGUGCUCAUCUUCCCUGAUCUCAACACGGGCAACAACACGUACAAGGCAGUGCAGCAGUCCACGGGAGCCGUUGCCAUGGGUCCGGUGCUGCAGGGGCUGAGGAGACCUGUGAACGAUUUGAGCCGGGGGUGCACUGUGAAGGAUAUAGUCACAACCAUUGCAAUCACGGGCGUGCAAGCAGCUGCCAUGAAGACCAGCAGCAUCAGGCAGGGCGGUUCCGCAUAA